AUGGCUUUGCCUGUCGUUCGACACUUGGCAGACUGCGCCCAAUACAACAGCACCGUCUCCCCUUACCAAUACCAGCUAUUUGUCCUGCCAUAUGUGCUUGUCGAGUCCUUCAACGAUCUCGCUGCCUUAAGACAGCUGUAUCUCGAUACCAACCCCCUAAUUAUGGCCUUUGGAUUUGCCUUAGCCUUAUUCCCCAUCUUCCUCCUUGUCUCGGAGAUCAACAAAAACUACUCCCAAGUGGAUCGAGUCUGGUCGAUAUUGCCCACGGUUUACAAUGUCCAUUAUGCUGCUUAUUCUCACCUUUCUGGACUCAACACGGCGAGAGUGGAUGCCGUUGCUGCUGUCACUGCAAUAUGGAGUAUCCGAUUGACCUACAAUUAUUUUCGCAAAGGCGGCUAUUCCCCUGGAAGCGAAGACUAUCGUUGGGCCCCUGUGAAAAAGUUCACUGGCCCGGCAGUGUUCUUCCUAUUCAAUGUGAUCUUCAUUUCCCUAGUCCAGUCCAUUCUCCUCUUCGGCAUGACCACUCCGACAUACAUUCUCCUCCUUACCCAACGACUGUCGACCCAUGCCCCGGGAAUACCUUCGUGGACCGGGGGGGAUGUAGCGGCGGCUACAAUGAUGCUCAUCUUCGUAGCCAUUUCCUUUGUGGCGGAUCAACAGCAGUGGAACUAUCAUGUGGCCAAAUCGCAGUACCAAAGGAAAGCAAAGGUACCAGCAGGUUACGAGCUAGCUGACUUGGACCGUGGCUUCCUCACCAAAGGUCUGUUUGCCUAUUCUCGGCACCCCAAUUUUGCUGCCGAGCAAUGCGUCUGGGUUACUCUCUACGCAUGGUCGUGUUUAGUGACGAGGACCUGGUACAAUUGGAGUGGAAUCGGUGCAAUCAUGUAUCUGUUCCUGUUUCAGGCCAGUACCUGGUUGACAGAGCUGAUAUCCUCGGGCAAAUAUCCAGAGUACAAGAUCUACCAGCAAGAGGUUGCCAAGUUCUUGCCAAUACCUGGAUCAGCCCCGCCCACCUUUCCAGACCCGUCGACAUCUUAUUCCAAUGGCAUGGCGUCGAAAAAGAAGGAUGCGGUCAAGGCCAGGCAGAGAUAUAGUCUACGAUGA